AUGAGUCUACUCUUGCAAAAAUCACCAUAUUUAUGUCGAUGCUUGUACAACGGCGCAAGACCGACGUCUCGAACUCACCGGAUGAUGGCGCCGGCUUCGGCCGGCCAAAUUUACCCCGCCAUCACCGUCCCGCGGCGAAGUCCUCCGUCAACCCCGCCAAAGUGGGCCAGGCGCUUUCUAUCGGCAGACUCAAGCUCAGGAUAUGCUCGCAUCCUAUGACUAUGUAAUCAGCAAGUAUCUCUGAAGUCGUCUAUAGCUUCAGGACAAAGGCUUUCUAUCAAAUAAGUCCAAAUCUAAAUCACUGAAUGCAAAGGCCGGGCUCGCUAACGAACACAAGGCGAAACUAAGUUUCCUCAGACCCAAUCCUAACCUCUCCAUGCAUAAUGCAAGCAACUUAUUCCAGUUUGAUACAGGAUACAAGAUAUUCCAGGUCCCAAGUAAGGUCGAUUAGCCUCUCGGCAAAAUCCCCAAAAAGUCAAAAAGAGCCUCAUCCACUAAGUAAUCCAUGCAAGCAAAGUCCACGCAUAAUCUCCAUCAUCCACGCCCUUUCUGCGCGCCCUUUCUGUACAUGCCUGCUAUCAAAACCCCACCAUCCGCCGGUGAAGAGGACCCACUUCCCACCUCCGACCCCGCGCCGGUGUAAUCUCACCGUCGUUGGAUUUAUCAUCCUCAUAGAGUCGCAGCUACCUUGCUUCAAUUCAUCUUAUAUCCAACAUUCCAGCUCACAUCCGUCUCUCCUCAUCACUUCCCGUCGUCAUCCGAAUACCAACAAACUCCAAAAUCAUCCAUUCCCCAAUAUACCACCUCAACUCAAACCACCACAUAUCAUCACCACACCCAACACCACCAAAAUGUCCGACCAAAUCGAAAAAGUCCUCACGACCGCCGCCCCAGCGCCCCUCCCCCAAUUCUCCCAAGCCGUAAAAUACAACGGCAUGGUCUACUGCUCCGGCAACAUCGGCAUCCUCCCGGACAAGCCAGGCAUGGUCCAGGCCGAGGGCACGGUCAAAGACCGCACCCGCCAGGCCCUCAAGAACCUCACCGCCGUCCUCGAAGCGUCCGGAAGCUCCCUCCGCAACGUCGUCAAGGUCAACGUCUACAUUACGCAGAUGUCCGACUUCGCCACCAUGAAUGAGGCGUAUGAUGAGUUCUUCACGUUUGAUCCCAAGCCUGCCCGCACGUGUGUUGCAGUAUACCAGCUACCGCUGGGCACUGAUGUCGAGAUUGAGUGCACGGCAUUCCUGAACAAGCCCACUCAGAAGCUGUAGAUUCCUCGCAUUUUGGACUUUAAAACUGUGUUCCAACUUUGAAGAAACAAAC